AUGAGGUUCAGCAUACCAGGCUUCAGAGGCGCUGCCAGCCUAACAGAAUCCUCGUAUGCCACAGGCACAGAUGCAGAACACAGAACAUCAGACUCUGCUGACUCAACAGCUGAGCAUGGCGCUCACAACGAGAAGCACACCCACGUCGCCGGCGCCGCUGCCUACGGCGGCUACUCAUCAGACGAAGACUCUCUGGAGAAGAUCGACACCAACGCUGAGCAUGGUGUUCAGACCAUUCAAGCCAUGACCCAAGUCUGGUCCAGACGCGAUCUCUAUGCCGCAUACAUCAUGAUCUGGCUACUUGCCUUCAUCAUGGCCUUCACGAGCGGCGUGGUCAACACCCUGACGCCAUAUGUUACCUCGAACUUCCAGGAGCACUCUCUCACGGCGCUCACUGGUGUCAUCUCAUCGCUUAUCGCGGGCAUCUGGAAGCUGCCGUAUGCGAAGAUCAUGAAUGUCUGGGGCCGCGCACAGGCCCUGACGCUUGGUGUCUCCUUCGUUACACUUGGAUUGAUUAUGAUGGCUGGCUGCAACAACGUCAAGACAUACUGUGCCGCCAUGACAUUCUUCUACGUCGGCCAGCUAUCGAUCGACUUCUCGAUCACGGUCUUCGUCGCCGAUACCUCCCAGCUCCGCAACCGAGGCUUCUUCAUCGCCUACGUCGCCAGCCCAUGGCUCAUCACCACAUGGAUCUAUGGCUACGCCGCCAGCGACAUCGUCAACAACAUCGGCUUCAGAUGGGGCUUCGGCGUCUUCAGCAUCGUGGUCCCAGUAGUCGCCUCACCCUGGGUCGCCCUCCUGUGGCUCCGACAGCGCAAAGCCGUCAAAGCCGGACUCGUCCCUGCGCGCGCAACGGACCUCUUCCUCCUCGCCUUCAACAUCUACUCCUACCAGCCCAACACCUGGCGCUCGCCCCUGAUCAUCAGCUUCAUCAUCAUCGGCUUCUUCCUCAUCUGCGCCUUUGGCCUCUGGGAAGCAAAGUUCGCACCCAUCACCUUCGUUCCCUGGAACCUCCUCAAGAACCGUACCGUCAUAUUCACUUAUAUUAUGGCCUUCACCCUCUACAUUGGCUGGUACGUCUGGGACUCGUACUUCUACAGCCUCAACGUCGUGCUGUUCAACCAGUCCAUCGUCAACGCCACAUACAUCGGGAACAUCUACACCGUCGGCUCAUGCUUCAUCUGCGUCGUCUACGGCUUGUGCCUGCGCUUCAUCAACGGCCGCCUCAAGCUGUACUCGUUCUUCUGGGGCGUGCCCCUCACCAUUCUCGGAGUCGGCUUGAUGAUCCACUUCCGUCAACCGGACGUCAACAUCGGGUAUAUCGUCAUGUGCCAGAUCUUCGUUGCCUUUGGCGGCGGCGUGCUCGUCAUCUCUGAGCAGACUACCCUCAUGGCAGUCUCGAAACAGCGCGAUUUCCCCGCUUUGCUGGCGUGCGAGUCUAUGGUCAUCAGCAUCGGCUCCGCCAUUGGCUCGACGAUCGCGGGCGCGAUGUGGACGGGGAUUUUCCCGGAGAAGUUGGCGCAGAAUCUGCCGGCGGAUGCGCUGCCGGAGCUAGCAAGCAUCUAUGGUGACUUGACUGUGCAGAGCGGGUAUGAAUGGGGCAGUCCGACAAGAAAUGCGAUCAACUUGAGCUAUGGCCAAACUCAGAGGUAUAUGUUGAUUGCGGCAACGAGCUUGUAUGUGGUGACGUGGGUCAGUGUCCUGGGUUGGCAGGAUGUCGAUGUGAGGAAGAUGAAGCAGCGGACUGUUGGGCUGUUCUGA